CCUUCUCCUCCCUCCAUUCCUCUCCCCCUCUGUGCUGGUCCUAUUCUUGAGGACUUGCUUGUGAAACGGGAGAGAUAAACAGACAUUGAGCGCAAAGGAAAGGACACGGGGAGAGAUAGUGUGUUAGAAUUUAGGAAAUACCUCCCUCCCCUUUCCCCUGUCUAUCUCUCCAUCUUCAUCCCUUGUCUCUUUUUUAAUGGAUAGAAAUUAUCCUGGCGCAGGAUUUGGUGAUCUGGGCGCUGGAACGGGAUGGAGUUACGAGAGAUCGGCGAAGGCAAGUUUGGUUUAUGGGAGCUCCAGAUCCGCCCAUCCAGACUCAGAACUCCUCCACCGCCAAACUUAUGCCACACCACACCCACUGCAGGGAUAUGCAACAAAUCAUCAUCCAGGAAGUUCUGGACAGGGUGGCGCAUGGGGUGCAGGAAGGAGCUUGGGGCUCUCAGGCUUGUUUGAUACUGGGCUACACCAUGCCAGUCCCUCAGGACCAGAUGCUUCGGUUAUGAACUUGAUUUCUGCUUUGGAAUCCCGAGGUGCCCAGCCACCCCCCUCUGCCUCGUCCCUUCUCUCCCAAUUUCGCACCCCGUCAUGGCAAACUGCAAUGCAUACUCCAGCCCCUGCAGAGCUGUUCAUUUCUGGUGCACUACCUGGCUCUGGCUCAUUUCCCUCCUCUUCUGCCCUCUCGGCAUAUCAGCACCCUGCAUCCUUUUCUGGGCGAUCCUUUCCUGGGGUGACCUCAUCAUUAUCUCUGCAGGACACACCUACCUUCAGUCCUACUUCCAAUGGUCUGCUGUCACCCCAUGAUUCUUUGCUGCACAUUAAGACGCCCUCACAGUCAAGUCUUGGCUUUGACCGUCUUUUGUCCUCACAGAGUGGGGCUGCUUCAUAUAGAGGACCACAAGAGCCCUCUAGUGGUCCCCCACCACAGGCAUCUGCAUCCUCCUCAACACGCCAUUUACCACCCCCUCAGUUUAACCUGCUUUCCUCACAGCUUCAGGAUCAAUCCUCCCAGCUCUACAAUUCUUCUGUAUUUUCAUCUGCACCCCCACAGCCUCCACAGUCCCAAGAAAGAGCGAUACCCAGGCAAGACAGUGUAAUCAAGCAUUACCAACGGCCUUCUCCUGCACAGUCUCAACUUUCCUCUUCCACACCUCAUCCCCUACAGCAUUAUCUUAGUUGUGGUGCACCAGGAUACCAGCAAAUACCCCAUCAUCGGCAUGGGGGAGUAAACUGUAGCCCACUGGGGGAGCAGAGUCCAUCAUCUGACCCCAAACCCUCUCCCAGAUCAGAACAAGUUUACCGACCUAUCAUCCAGCCCCCAUACACAUCCUCCUCAGUCUCCUCCUCAGCUGUCUCAGGUGGUGUUGGUAUUGGCAAGGCAGGAAAGAGUUCAAGCUCAAGUAGUGGCUACUCGUCUUCUAGCUCUUCCUCAUCUCGAACCCCUCACACUCCACCUUCAGCUUCUUCUACAUCCUCUUCCUCAUCCUCAGCGUCUAAUCCCAAUGCUUCAUCCAGUUCCUCCUCAGCACCCUCAAGGCAGCAGCCCCCACCUCAGUCAGCCCCACAACCCCUACCACCCCCGCCACCCACAGUGUCAUCCUCCACUACUCAGCAGCAGCCACCUAAACCUUGCCUGUCCACAUAUGGUUCUCCUGUUGCUCCUGUUAAACCAACAGCUGGCCUUCCUGGUCAAACCCCACCACAACAACAGUCAUAUUCUCCAAACCAGCCACCCCCUUCUCAUCUGCCUCAACCAUAUGGGGGAUUCAGUUCUCCACAGGCCCAGGAUCUUGGUACCAGCCUUGGGGGGUCAGGAAAGUCUUAUGGAAGUCUUGGAUCAACAGGGCGUUCAUUUUCAGCUGAGGUGGUCUAUGGCUCUGAUUCAGGAUAUGGUUCUUUGCCACCAUCUCUUGGAGGUGCAGGAAGCCCUUCACUGGGCUAUGGUGGUACAGGACAUUCACCUGCCCUAAUGGUUUCUGGAGGUGGUACAGGUACAACAAGCAGUACAACUGGCUCAGGAGCAGGUAGUUCUGGAAGUGUGGGUGGUGGAUCAGGUGCUGGUGGUAGUAGUAGUGUAGCAAGUGGUGGUGCAGGAUCUUACCACCUCCCAGAUUCUAGCCCUUCCCCCUCAAGUAAUUCUGGAAUAAUCCGCCCAGGACUGCACUCCCCUGCCCCAACUCGUCCUGCACAAUCACCUGGAGGAAAUGGCGGAAACAAGUACCUAUCCUCCGUUCUCUCCCCAGCAUUCCUGUCUUCUCCACAAGGAUACUCAGACACAAGGGUACCACCCCAGCAGUCACAGUCUUAUCAUACAACACCACCUAAAUCUAAGUCUGAUUCUGAUAUGCUUGGAGUUGAAAGACCUCAAGAGGAGGAUGAAGAAGAUGAAGAUGAUUUUUUAAUCCAGCACUUAUUGCACUCACAGAGUCCAGCACCUAACCCCACCCAACACCAUUCUCAACAAACUCAGCAAGUAACUUCACAACAACAGCAGGCCCAGUCUCUUCCCCAGAGUAGAGAUGGAGGAAAGGGUCUCUCUGCUUAUGAGCUAAAAGCUUCUGAAGAACGAUACCAUCUGCAGAGUGUAAUUCGGACCAAUAAUACCACCAACAGUGUGGCUUCAGUUGCUGCUGGCUCUUGUGGUACAGGCACAGGUUUGGAAAACCAGUUGGAGAUGUCUCUGAAAAAGCAGCAACAGACUAAGUCUGAUAGAGGGCUUUCAGGAGCUGGUGCAAAUAGUGGUCGAAAUGUAGUUGAUUCAAUGUCACAUACUCACUCACAUAGUCAACACUCCAACCAACAUGACUCUCUAGGAUCUGUUGUCCAUUAUGGCAGAGGAGAUCCUUACACUCAUCAGACACAUCAACAUCACCCCGCACAUCCAUCACACUCACAACAUCCUCAACAUUCACAGCACCCUCAUUCACAUUCAAUAUCCCACUCACAUAUGGAUCUAAAGAAAGCUCAGGAUCCUUCAGAAUUACCAUAUCUAAGAAAGACACCAGACUUGCAGCAGAGACAGACUCAGUCCUCUCUUGGCUUAAUGGAUUCUCCACCUGACCAAUCUCAGCAAACCUCACAAGCUCACCUUCUCCAAUCUGUCCUUUCUCAAACCCCUCGAAACAAGAUGGACAACCAACCGGCUCCUUCACAGCAACAACAACACUCCAUGGGUCAGCAGUCAAUGAUAGGACCAACUGGGGGCUUGGGUAGUGGUGGCUCUGGGGCAGUAGAUGCUCAGCCACAGACUUCUCAACUUCAACUCCAGCUCCAGUCCCAAACUAUGGAUUCCCACUAUGGACGUGAGUCACAGCGAAACCAAAGCCAAUCAAGUCAGAAUUCUGUUUCGCCAUUAGAAAUGUUGGAGAGAACUCUCUCAAGGACAAAUAGUCGAGAAGGGGCAGGGCCUUCAGAGAGAGUUGGCACACGAGAUGGGAGCUCCAAUGAUCAUCACAGACAACAACAACAACAUAGGAUGUCUUCACACCAUCAGUCUCACCACUCUCAACAGCCAGCAGCAGAGCUUCAUGAUUUCUUGUCUGAGCCUGAUAUGAGCAUGUCAGCCCCUUCUCAUUUGCACCACAUGGGCUCACACCAUCCACCCCCUCAUUCCCACCAUCAGCCUCAGCCACAUCCUCACCACCAACAUCCUCACCAACACUCACACCACAUGCAACCGACUUCUGGACCUCCCCAAGCCCAGCCUAGGGAACAAGAGCCCCCACUUUCCCAGCCACAGCUAGAUCAGCUGAAAGAGCAUCAAUUUGACACGAGCAGUCCUGUGGGGAAAACGGCUCAGAACCAGGGGCAGAGACAAGAUCAGCAGCAACGGUUUGUGCCACUGACUUCUAUUUGUUUCCCGGAUUCUCUACUUCCAGAUGAAGAUCGGUCCUUUUUCCCUGGGAUGGAGGAUAUGUUCUGUUCUGAGGAGUACAAGACAAGCUGUGCUGGUGGAGGAGCAAGUGCUGCUGAAGGAGGCCAGGAUGGGGUGCCACAGGCACGUGGAACAGGACAAGAUGGAAUGGAUACAGUUAAAAAUACAGGAGGUGGAGGAGGUGCAUAUGAUAUUAUGGGUCACCAUGGUGAUCAAGGUUAUGGGCAGUAUUGUCACAGUUUGACUGAAUCUGGCAAUGGUACUAUGCACUUAGAUAUGGACCCCAUGAAAUCCCACGAACUUCCAUCCACUGUAAACACAGAACAACUAGGGUUAAUCCAGUCUCAGGGCCCAGGCCUUGGAAUGAGCAGCACAGGGCAUGUUGUGGAUGGAACUGGAAACAAAAUGAUGGGAUCCGUGGGAGCAGGUAGUGGUCCUGGAACAGGUGGACUCACCUCACCGAUCUUUUGCUCCUCUAGACCUAAAAAGCUUUUGAAGACAAGCUCAUUUCAUCUCCUUAAACAGCGAAAAGAUCCUAAUUCCCAGUCACAGGCUAAGAAGAACUAUGCCCAAGAGUAUGAGUUUGAGGAUGAUGAGGAUAAAGCUGAUGUACCAGCAGACAUACGCUUAAACAGCAGGCGUCUCCCGGACUUGCUCCCUGAUCUUGUGUCCAGCUGCAGAAAGUCUGGAGGUGGUUCAGGAGUUGGCAGUUUAAGUCCCUUGAUGGGCGAUUUAGAUUUCUGCCAUUCAUCAGGGUACCAGUCCCUUGGGCCUCCCCCACAGCUUCUCCCUAAUGAUGGCCCAAAGAAAAGGGGGAGAAAACCCACCAAACCUAAACGUGAGGGGCCACCAAGACCCAGGGGUAGACCUCGUAUUCGGCCUCUCCCUGAGCCUCCAUAUUCCAGAAACAUGAUGGGACCUGGUGGAGAGAGAGGAAGGGGCCGUGGUCGGGGUAGAGGCCGUGGAAGAAAAGAUGAUCCCAUGCUUGAGAUGCACAGAGAUAUGAACAAGGGGCAGAACUACCAUCAACAAUCACCUCAUCUCCAUCAUCAACCACAGCACAUGCACCAUCAUAUGCAACAGCAGCAGCACCAACAACAACAACAACAACAACAGUCACAACAUAUGCAUCAACAGCAGCAGCUACAUGUUCAACAGCUUCAUCAGCAACACCACCAACAACUUACCCAACAUCAGCCUCAAUAUCAAGAGCCAAUCAAACCAAUUAAGAUCAAGCUUCCUAUUCCUUCCAUGCCCUCAUCUGACUCUCUGCUGAGGACUGACUCCCUGUCUAGUACCGAUCCAGUUUUGUCUGAUGGUUCAGUAGGAUCUGCACCAUCUCUUGGUUUGAGCCCUGGGCCCACUACCAGUGUAGAUAUGAACAGAAUUGACAUAAAUAGAAAUGACAUGAACUGUGGCCAGGAAAAGAUGAAGCAAAAAUCCCAAGAGAUGUCCUGGGAGGAAGAUAUGGAUGAACAAAUGACCCCAGAGGAAUGGGCUACCAUGCAGAAACUCUCUAGCUCUACGGAAGAGAAGCCCUCAGAGCUAAAGUCGGGUUUUAUAACUUCCUUCUUGGAUUUUUUGAAAACUGGGAAGAAGCAGCCAGGCCCUGAAGCUCCACCUGGGCCAAUCCCUGUGGAUGGAUGCUCCUCAGCUGAUAAUUCCUCAGUCAAGGGGGGCCUUCGGCCAUUAUCUCCCCAACCUCCUCCUCCACCACCACCUCCACCCUUUGGAGAGAAUGAAGGUGAAGGAAGUUUGGGUCUUAGUAACUGUCCGUCCCCCUGUAAAAGACUUGAUGAGGAACUCAAGAGGAACUUGGAAACCCUGCCGUCAUUCUCCUCGGAUGAGGAAGACUCUGUCAGUAAAAACCAAGACUUGCAGAAGAGCAUAUCGUCAGCCAUUUCUGCCCUCUAUGAUACGCCUCAUAGCCUUGCUGCAGUUCCACCUCCACCCACACCAUCUCCACCCAGUCCACAGGAGGAAUCUCUUAACACACCCCCACCACCCCAACAGCCCGAGUCUGAUCCACAUGUACACACCGAACCAGAGACGGAAAUGCAUGCGUCACACAAGCUAGAGUCACAGUCCAGCUCACAUGAAGAGGCACGUGUUCAUGGUGAGGAUGACAUAGAGGAAGACCCUGAUCAGGAGAUGCGUGAAGAAAUGCAUCAGAAGGAAGAGGCAGAAUGUGAUCAGGAAGAUGAGAUGGAAGAAGAGAUGGCAAGAGAGAACAAGGAAUUUGAUCAAACAGACUUAGAAGAGAAAAUGAAAGAAAAAGUUGAGGAUCCUGAGUAUGAAAUGCUGGAUGCUCCCAAUGUUGAUGAAUCCCCAUCUGAGCCUCCCCAAGCUCCUGUACCUCCAUCUCCUCCAUCCCUUUCUCCUUCUCCACCAAGCUCCUCCUCGCCAUCCCCUCUACCUCCUCCCCCUCUUUCCCUCCCAUCGCCUCUUCCGUCUCAAGAAGAAGAGAAUCUGCAGCAGCAGCCUCAGCCACCGCUGCACAAUUCCCUCCCCCUAAGUCCCUCUCCACCCGCUCUCCCCUCUCCCUCCCCGCCUCCACCCACACUACCCCCCUCCACCACACCCCCACCGUCCUCCUCUCCUCCUCCCUCAGAAGAGCUCCCCCAGCCCUCCCCAGCCUCUCCCCCCACCCCCGAAGACGCUCCCACCCCUCAGAUCACUUCACUGCACCUAGCAAAGAAGCAGUCCAACGCAGCCAUCGCAGGAGAGAGUGAGGAUGAAGAUAGUGAGAGUGGAGGGGAGGGCAUUUUCAGGGAGAGGGAUGAAUUUGUGGUGCGCACUGAAGAUAUUGGUACUCUUAAGCUGGCUCUGCAGACAGGCAGAGAACCUCCACCAAUCUGGAGGGUCCAGAAAGCUCUGCUGCAAAAGUUCGCUCCUGAAAUCAAAGAUGGACAACGGCAAUUUUGCGCUACCAGUAAUUAUCUGGGCUACUUUGGAGAUGCAAAGAUGCGUUACCAGCGCUUGUAUGUUAAAUUCCUGGAGAAUGUGAAUAAAAAAGAUUACGUCAGAGUGUGUUCGCGGAAACCCUGGCAUCGGCCCAGCCUCGCGCUGAGGCGCCAGUCCCUUCCCAAGCCUCAACCUGUACGCAGCCAGACCCCACCCCGUGUGGAACGAGAAGACCGAGAGAAAGAGAGGCAACGAGAGAAAGAAAAGCGCGAACAACGAGAAAAGGAGAAAGAGAGGGAGAGGGAGCAGAUUGAGAAAUCUAAAAGGGAAAGGGAGAAAGAAAGGGAGAGAGAAAUUGAAAAGCAAAAAGAAAGGGAGAGGGAGAAACAACGAGAACGGGAAAGAGAGAAGGAAAGGGAGAAACAACGAGAGAAAGAAAGGGAAAAGGAGAAACAAAAGGAGGAAAGGGAGAGAGAGAGACAAAAAGAACGAGAGAAGGAGAAAGAAAGGGAAAAGCAACGAGAGAAAGAGAAGGAAAGGGAAAAGCAACGAGAGAAGGAGAAAAAGCUGCAGGAGAGACAGGCACAGGAGAAAUUAGAGAGGAGAACUGCGGUCGUGGAGCGUGGGAGGGUCAAAGAGGAGAAGAGAGUUGGAGAGAAAAGGGUUGAAAGGACGAGAAGCAGGCCUGUGAAAGUAAAGGCAGAACCUCCACCUAAAAAGAGGAAGAAGUGGCUCAAAGAAGUGCCCUCCUCAUCUGAUUCAGACUCCUCUCCUGACCCGCCCAGUGAGGAUGAAGGGUCCAUGCGCAGUGGGAUAAAUAGCCGGGCCAUGAGAGAGAUGUUUCGUAGUUACGUUGAGAUGCUGGUCAGCACUGCUCUGGACCCUGACAUGAUCCAAGCUCUGGAGGACACUAACGAUGAGCUUUAUCUCCCACCCAUGAGGAAGAUUGACAGUAUCCUCAACGAACAGAAGCGAAGACUGUUACGGAGGGUCAACAUGAGUGUCCAGCACCAGGAGGCUCUUCACAUGUUCCCUCAGAUGACAGCAGACCCGUUAGACUCUGGCGUUGUUAAAGUCCACCUGGGCGGUGAGAGCUACAACCGCAAAACCCUCAACAGAGUUAAAAGGAGCCUUCCAAAACAACAGGACCUGAAGCUGUCGACGGAAAUCUGUCGAAUAUACAGCCUCUAUCACUCGCUCCAUCACUACAAAUAUCACACCUUUCUGCACUGUAAAAAGGAGACGGACAGUAUAGAACAGGCAGCAGAGGAUCCAGGUCAGGAGGAGGUGGUUCAGCAGUGCAUGGCCAACCAGGGCUGGCUAGAGACUCUAUUCAACUCCUUCCUUGAACUGCUGACGCUCAGCGCCAAGGCUUAAGAUUCGGCUGUCAAAGCUCCGAGUGUGUCCUAUUUGGAGAGAGUAGAACUCUAAACAAACCCAGUGCAGACCUCCAGGUUGCAGGAAAAUGAGAUUUUCCUUUGCAGAAUGUUUAAGAGCCAGUGGCGGAUUAAGCUGUUGCGUUUUAACAUACAAGUGUUUUUGUAAAGAUUUUCCUUUCUCUCUUGUCAUUACGCGUAUUUGCUCCCCGCAACGGGAGCCACGGGGAGAUAUGAAAAGAAAAGUGCGAAUGUGUAAAGACUAUUGUCUGCACAGAGACGAAUAAAAAUAGUGCCAAAGGGAACAGGGUUGCAACCUCACAGGUCAAUGCUUUGACAGAGGUGAGUUUCGAAUGCUACGUUCCAUGCACACUCUUAUAUAUAAAUAUGUAUUAUGAACAAUUAUGAUUUGUAUUAUUUAUACAUGGACAUUUAUACAUGUUACCUCCCAAGGCUUGGGAAGUUUGCUUUUAUUAUUUGGAAUAAAAUAAUAAAACGGUUUCGUUUUUUGAGGGUGUACAUAAAAUGGGCCACCCACUAUCUUCGAUUCUUCCUGUCCCCAAAACCGAAGGACAAAUGGACAGGAUGUGUACACAAAAAAAUGGGGUCAAAGCAGUGUGUAGUUCCCUUUUUGUCAAAAAAAAUAGAGCAAAUGAAAAUGUAUUUAAAAUAAAAGUGUUCUUUCUGUUUGUUCUUUAAAAGAAAAUGCGGAAAAAGAGGCGUAUUCGUUCGUUUUCUCAAAGAAAACCUGGUGCGGAGGGAUGUAAUAGUUUUUAAAGUGCAACAUUGUCUGUGUUUACUGUUUGUUUUUUAUCUGUUGUUGUUUACUAUGAUAAUUAUUAUUGUUAUUAUUAUUAUUUUUAAGGUUUGCUUAUUUCUCUCCUGUAUAUAUUGUACAGUUGCUUCGGUCUCUACCCAUCCCUCAUCUGUACAUGAAUCCUCCUGUAUUUGACAAACCCAAAUAAAAGAAAAGAAAAAUGAA